UCUAUACCAGAUAACUUUUACUGAUUUCUUUGUUUCAGAAGGCCCGUCCGCUGUCAGUCCUGGUAUGCCACCUAGUCCUUUGGACCCCAGCCACCCUCAUCUACCUCUGCCUGAAAAACUCUCGCCGCCAGAUUGCAGUCGACUCUCGCCAACGGUGGACGAAGCGUCACCAGAUGUAUCAGACUCACCCAAAUCGUCACCGAUCGAUCGGGAUUUGGUGGGUGACGGUACAGCCGAUGGCGAUAGACACAAAGAUGACAAAUCUAACAGCAACCCAAACAGUUGCGAUGACGAUCGAAAAAACAGACGGAAGAAGAAAACGAGAACCGUGUUUUCACGCAGUCAGGUCUAUCAGUUGGAAUCAACGUUUGAUGUGAAACGGUAUCUGUCGAGCUCAGAAAGGGCUGGUCUGGCCGCUUCGCUACGGCUGACGGAAACCCAGGUGAAGAUAUGGUUUCAAAACCGCAGAAACAAAUGGAAGCGGCAAUUAGCUGCGGAGCUAGAAGCCGCAAAUAUAGCUCAUGCGGCACACCGAAUGGUGCGUGUCCCUGUUCUUUAUCACGAUGGUGGUGCUGUCACUGUGUCUACGGGACCAGAAUCUUCCAAUUCCUACAGUAGCUCUUUGGCGUCAUUAAGAGAUCCUCGUUGCAUCACACAUAGCUACACACCUGUAUCGCCUUCACUGCGACAGUCGUUAUCAGGAAUGGUAUAACGAAUCUAUCCCACAGACUAUUUCAUACAUACAGUCUUAUACACACUCACACACACAUGUGCAUAUAUUCAAUAUAUAUAUAAAUAUAUAUACAUAUAUACACACCUAAAUUUUACAAAACUGAAUAACAAAAGAUUUUAUAUAUAACAUAU